GGAGAAAUAUUGUAAAUCACGAGUGCAGAUGCUCACUUCAUCGGCAACUCUUUUGCGUCUAAAGGAUUGAUCAGUGGACGACGAGGAUUCAACUAGUGAGACAAAUCAGGCGAAUUCGGCAUCCGGAAUGGCGGUUAAUGAUGAGUGCAAGCUCAAGUUCUUGGAGUUGAAAGCCAAGAGGAACUUUCGCUUCAUCAUCUAUAAAAUUGACGAGGCUUUACAACAAGUCAUGGUGGACAAACUUGGCCAACCCCAUGAGAGCUACAAUGAUUUUACCGCAUCAUUUCCCCCCAACGAGUGUCGCUAUGCUGUAUUUGAUUUCGACUUCGUGACGGAUGAGCAUUGCCAAAAGAGCAAGAUCUUCUUCAUUUCUUGGUCUCCGGACUCGUCAAAAGUGAGGAGUAAGAUGUUAUAUGCGAGCUCCAAAGACAGAUUCAAGAGAGAGCUUGAUGGUAUUCAAGUAGAGUUACAAGCAACCGAUCCAAGCGAGAUGAGCCUCGACAUUGUUAAAGAUCGAGCUAUAUGAACUUUUCAUCCUUCUUCAAUCCAUCAACCAAGCAAACUGAAUUAUCUUUCUAUCAAGUUUCCCAAGCCAAAUUUAUAUAUUCUUUUAUGCCUUCUUCUGCAGUUCAACUACUAUUAUUUGAUUGUUUUUUUCUUCUACAAGACUCAUUGUAUUCAUCAUAAGUAGGGGGCAAAUGGAUUAAGUUAAUUUAAAUAUAUUUAAAGAGUAUUUAACUCGAAAAUACUGUAAUCAAGAAUCAGUUUUUUUUAACUUCAUGUAACGCUGACACUUUG